ACAUGCACACAAUACCCAGAAAAGUCAGAAACCAUGCAUGUCCAUGUCCUUAGAGACUGAAAAUGUGAAAUAUUAGUUUUGGCGCCACACUUGUAGGCACCAUAUUUAUAUAAUCCCUUCCCAAUGCCAUUCUUCCAUUUCUGAAGAAACAUGCUCCUUCUUCUUCCAUUCCAAUCUGAAUCAUUGAUCAGCCUUCAAUGGAUUCACAAACCCUAGACUCCACCAAACUCUACCUCACCGCCCUCAAAACCCUCCAAUCCGAAGCCCCUCCCACACCCUCCCUCCCCCCACUCCCCUCUUCCAUCCCUCACUCCAAACUCAUCCCCCACACCCGCUUCCUCGUCGACGCCUUCCGCCACGCCGGCCCCCACUCCCACUCCUACUUCCUCUCCCACUUCCAUUCCGACCACUACUCCGGCCUCUCCCCCUCCUGGUCCCGCGGCGUCAUCUUCUGCUCCCACACCACCGCCGCCCUCCUCCGCCGCAUUCUUCACAUCCCCGCCGCAUUCAUCGUCCCCCUCCCCCUCCGGCAGCCUCUCCGCAUCGACGGCGCCCAUGUCACCCUCCUCGACGCCAACCACUGCCCCGGCGCCGUCCAGUUCCUCUUCUCCGUCCCCCGUGCCACCGCCGAUGCCGCCGCCCUCAGGUACGUCCACACCGGCGAUUUUCGCUUUUGUAAUUCCAUGGUUUCCGAACCCGCCCUCGCCCCCUUCGUCGGUGCCGAUGCGGUGUUUCUCGACACCACCUAUUGUAAUCCUAAGUUCGUGUUCCCCUCGCAAGAGGAGUCUAUUGAUUACGUUGCCAGUGUCGUGGAGAGCGUUGAGCGUGAGUGUGAGCAUAAUAGUAGUGACAAAGUUUUGUUUCUUGUUGCUACUUAUGUCAUUGGGAAGGAGAAGAUUUUGCUUGAGCUUGCACGCAGGUUUAAGAGGAAGAUACACGUCGAUGCUAGGAAGAUGGAGGUUUUGAGGGUUCUUGGGUAUGGGGAGAAUGGUGAAUUUACUGAGGAUGGGAAGGAGAGUAAUAUUCAUGUUGUUGGGUGGAAUUUGUUGGGGGAGACUUGGCCUUACUUUAGGCCUAAUUUUGUUAGGAUGAAGGAGGUUAUGGCUGAGAGAGGGGGGUCAUACUCCAAGGUUGUCGGCUUUGUUCCGACCGGAUGGACCUAUGAAGUGAAGCGGAAUAGGUUUGCGGUCAAGUCCAAGGAUUUGUUCAAGAUUCAUCUUGUGCCGUAUAGUGAGCACUCAAACUAUGAUGAGCUCAGGGAGUAUGUGAAGUUUUUGAAGCCAAAGCGGGUUGUUCCGACCGUGGGUUUGGAUGUUGAGAAGAGUGACAGUAAACAUGCUGACAAAAUGAGGAAGUACUUUGCUAGGUUGGUUGAUGAGACUGCCAACAAGCAGGAUUUUUUAAGGGGUUUUCUUCGUGACCCUGGUGAGAAGGGUGAAGCGGGUUUCAAGGCUGAGAAGGUUGUUAGUGAUGCUCUUGGACCAGGGCAAGACAUGGAGGAAGAAGAAAUCAAUGCAUUGAAGAAGACAGAAGGUGAUAUGGGUAUUGGUCCAGUUGUGGCUGUGGGUUUGUCUUCUUUUAUGGAAGAAACUUAUGCACAAGAUCCUACUUUGCUGAAUGAUGAAGAAAAGGAGAAAAUAAUUCAAGAACUGACUUUUUGUUUGCCCACAUGGGUCACCCGAAACCAGUUGUUGGAUCUGAUCAGCAUCUCAGGGAGCAAUGUCAUUGAAGCUGUUUCUAAUUUCUAUGAACGUGAAACUGAAUUUCAUGAGCAAGUGAUAUCUUGUCAAACUCCUGUUUCAACAUCCAAGUGCUGCUCAUUAAAUGGUAUGGAUUCACUUGCAAAACCAUGCCUCAAUACAAACAACACUGGCAAAAAUAUUGACAUUUUUCCAAGUCAAGACUCUAAAUUAACUAACCUGAGGCAUACAGUGCCUAGUCCCAUUUCUCCUGCCAAAAGGAAGAGAAGUACUGACAGUAAGCAAAACAAAAAAGCCAAAGUCAAAGCAAAAUCUGAACCAAGUGGUUCAAAGCAGGCCACAAUUACAAGAUUCUUCAGUAAAGUAAUACCUGAGAUGCCUGGUGGUACUCAAUCUGAUAAUUCUGAACCAAAGCUUGACCAAAGCUCUAAAGUUGAAGACUUGUUGCCAACUGAUGAUGGACAAAUGUACAAGGAUGAAAUUGAUCAAUUUAUGCAAAUAAUAAAUGGGACUGAGUCAUUAAAAAAAUAUGCCAUCACUAUAAUUGAGAAGACAAAAGGUGAUAUCAAUAAGGCAUUGGACAUAUAUUACGGUAAUUCUGAAAAUCUUGGUGAAAAGCAAAUAUCAGUUCAAGUGGAGAGCAAAAUUGAUAGACCUGUAGUGAAGAAGCAUGCAUCAGAGGAAUUGAGAAUUGUACCUGAUAUUUUUGACCAGAAAGUCUUGAAAGAUAAUGUAGAUGCUACUCACUUAUCUCUACCACCUGAGAAAUACAACCCUAAAGAGCAUGCGUGUUGGAGAGAUGGACAGCCUGCACCAUAUUUACAUAUUGCAAGAACCUUCAACCUGCUUGAGGGUGAGAAAGGAAGGAUUAAAGCUACAUCAUUGCUAUGCAAUAUGUUCAGAAGUUUGUUGGCCUUAUCUCCAGCAGAUGUGCUUCCUGCUGUGUAUCUAUGCACUAACAAAAUUGCUGCAGACCAUGAAAAUAAGGAACUGAAUAUUGGUGGAAGUUUAGUCACUGCAGCACUUGAAGAGGCAUGUGGAACAAAUCGAUUGAAAAUAAGGGAGAUGUUUAACAAAUUUGGUGAUCUUGGUGAUGUUGCACAAGAGUGUCGUCAAACACAGAGAUUGCUUGCACCACCUACACCACUUCUAAUUAAGGAUGUUUUCUCUGCACUACAAAAGAUAAGUGUACAAACAGGCAGUCGAAGCACAUCUCGGAAGAAAGGCAUCAUUGUUCAUCUCAUGCGUUCCUGCCGUGAGAAGGAGAUGAAGUUUCUUGUUCGGACCUUGGUCAGGAACCUAAGGAUUGGGGCAAUGCUUAGAACUGUUUUGCCUGCAUUGGCUCAUGCUGUUGCUAUGAAUUCUUGCCCUACUUUGCACCAAGAAGGAACUGCAGAAAAUAUAAAGGAGAAACUACAGGUUCUUUCUAUGGCAGUUGUUGAAGCAUAUAACAUACUGCCAAAUUUAGAUCUCAUAGUUCCAUCUCUCAUGAACCAAGGCAUUGAUUUUUCAGUUUCAAGUUUAUCAAUGGUUCCAGGAAUCCCUAUUAAGCCUAUGCUAGCAAAGAUCACCAAUGGUAUUCCCCAAGCAUUGAAGCUAUUUGAAAAUAAAGCAUUUACAUGUGAAUAUAAGUAUGAUGGUCAGCGAGCUCAAAUUCACAAAUUAGUUGAUGGAUCAAUUCGUGUUUUUUCAAGAAAUGGGGACGAAUCAACUUCAAGAUUUCCUGAUCUGAUUGACAUAAUUAAGGAAUCCAGCAAGCCGGUUGCAUCAACUUUCAUAAUGGAUGCUGAAAUUGUUGGUAUUGACAGAAAAAAUGGAUAUAGGAUUAUGUCUUUCCAGGAGCUAUCUUCACGUGGAAGAGGUGGCAAAGAUACAUUAGUUACUUCAGAGAGCAUUAAGGUGGAUAUUUGCAUCUUUGUCUUUGAUAUCAUGUUCGCAAAUGGAGAGCAGUUAUUGGGUUUUCCUCUCCGCCUUAGACGAAAGUAUCUGAAGGAUUUGUUCUAUGAUGAGAAACCUGGGUAUUUUGAAUAUGCAAAAGAAACAACUGUUGAAGCAGAUGAUGCUUGCUUAACCUGUGAAGCCACAUUAACUAAGAUAAAUGCUUUCCUGGAAGAUGCUCUUCGCUCUUCAUGUGAAGGAAUUAUGGUGAAAACAUUGGAUGUUGAUGCUGGGUAUUCUCCAUCAAAGCGUUCUGACAAAUGGCUAAAAGUCAAGCGAGAUUAUGUGGAAGGAUUAAAUGAUACUCUUGAUUUAGUACCGAUUGGUGCUUGGCAUGGAAAUGGAAGGAAAGCUGGAUGGUAUAGUCCAUUUCUUAUGGCAUGUUUCAAUCCUGAAACAGAGGAGUAUCAAAGUGUAUGUCGUGUGAUGUCUGGAUUCUCAGAUUCAUUUUACAUAGAGAUGAAACAAUUCUUCUCUGGGGACAAAGUCUUGUCCAAAAAACCACCAUAUUAUCAAACAAGAGAGGCACCAGACAUGUGGUUUUGUCCACAAGUUGUUUGGGAAAUAAGAGGAGCAGAUUUUACUGUAUCCCCAGUUCAUCAUGCUGCCAUUGGUUUAGUUCAUCCAUCUCGAGGCAUCUCAAUCAGAUUUCCAAGAUUUAUUAGUUGUGUCUCAGACAGAAGCCCAGAAGAAUGUAGCACAGCUGCCGAUAUAGGUGAAAUGUUUCAUUCUCAGACUCGGAAGAUGGAUAUCACAGCUGGAGACUGAAUGUUGAUGUGUUUUGUGUGUGUAUAUAAUCAGUUGAUGUAAAUUAUGGUAUCAUCUUAUUGAACAUUUUAACGUUUUAUAUGUACAGUGUAGCAGCAGAUCUCUUGUAGGGCUCAUGUUAGACCACAAAGAUGUUACCCUAUCCCACUUUAGUUUUGCUAGCUUCUUUCUGGUGUUCCACACUGGGUCUUUAUGUCCAUAUUGAUGUUUUGCUUCCUUUUGGUGUUUGACAGAAGUAAAUUUUGAUCUAACUUGUAUUUGACCAAUAGAUACAGUCCUCUCUCAUGGUAAAACUUUCUGUGGGUUUGAUGUA